ACAACCAGAAGCAAUUCAACUCGAGAAUUUUUUAUUAAAAAAAGUUCUGGUAUAGAUUAAUGUAAACUUAGCAUUAUCUUUUUUUUUCAUCCAUAUAUUAUAUUGAAUGAAAGAAAGUUAAAUUACAAUUAAAAUCAAGUGCUUCGGAAAAAGAAAAAGUAAGAUUUUUCUACAUAUUGUUCGAAAAGGAACGAAAUUGCACAAAUGGUGCACUCGCUGCAGAAUACGUAUGCUAGAUUGUUAAAAUCUUGCGGAAAGGUCUCCUAAAAGGAGUGCCUUUAAUAAAAGAUUUGUCUUCUGGUAGUCAGCUAUUAAGGAUAUUAAAAAAUGACAGAGAAUCGGGGGAAUUUUUCAACUCCAACUAAUCAAAGUUCUAGCAGACCAUUUAAUUUCCAACAUUUGGAUUUUGGAUCUAUUAAUGAUGUUCAAAAUGAAAUGUCAGAGAAAAGAAGACAAUUCAAACUUAAUUUUCAAACACAGGGAAGUAAUAUGUCAGUUAACAAUUCAACAAACUCUUCUCUUUCUAAUUCAACUGGAACUGCAGCUUGUUUACCAAUAUCUUCUCGUCCAAAUUUACCUUUAUCUUUGCCCAAGCUACCGGUGAGACCAUGUACUGCAGUUCCACAAGAAUUGCCUGAUAAAGCAAGGGAUAAAUUACGAAUGUGUCAAUCAAUGCAAAGUACCGGAAAAUUACAGCUAUCACCAAAUGUAGUAUAUGAUUUUACAAGUGAAGAUCUUCAAGAUUUAGGAGAAAUAGGGCGAGGAGGAUUUGGUACUGUAAAUAAAAUGAUUCAUAGGAUAAGUGAUACCGUUAUGGCUGUGAAGAGAAUUCGUUCUACAGUUGAUGAAAGAGAGCAAAAACAACUACUAAUGGAUUUAGAAGUCGUAAUGAAAUCUAAUGAAUGUCCGUGCAUUGUGCAAUUUUAUGGAGCUUUAUUCAAAGAAGGUGACUGUUGGAUUUGUAUGGAGCUCAUGGACACUUCAUUAGAUAUAUUUUAUAAGUUUAUUCAUGAGGUAUUAAAGGAAAGAAUACCAGAACGUAUUUUAGGAAAAAUUACUGUUGCCACAGUAAAGGCAUUGAAUUACCUCAAGGAAAAAUUAAGAAUAAUUCAUAGAGAUGUAAAACCUAGUAAUAUUCUAUUAGAUCGACAUGGUAAUAUAAAACUUUGCGAUUUUGGUAUAUCAGGACAAUUGGUAGAUUCUAUUGCACGUACUCGAGAUGCUGGAUGUAGACCAUAUAUGGCUCCAGAGAGGAUAGAUCCUCAACGUGCAAAGGGUUAUGACGUUAGAAGUGAUGUAUGGUCAUUAGGAAUUACGUUAAUGGAAAUUGCAACUGGUUAUUUUCCAUAUCCAAAAUGGAAUUCAGUUUUUGAACAACUUUAUCAAGUAGUUCAGGGUGAUCCACCACGCUUAUCUCCUAAUGAAAAUGGGAAUCAUUUUACUAUGGAUUUUGUGAAUUUUGUGAAUACAUGUUUAAUUAAGGAAGAGACACAACGGCCGAAAUACAACAAAUUACUAGAACAUCCUUUUAUUAGAAAAGCAGAGGAAGAUACCGUUGAUGUUUCAGCUUAUAUAAGCAGUGUUCUCGAUAACAUGGUUCUCAGGGGAUUGACGCCUUUUACCACUAAUCGACAUUAA